UCAUCUCUUUCAAAUUGGGUUUUCUAGUACAAUUAGGGCAAAAAGAGUGGGUGUACUUAAUCAAUUCUCUGAAUUAAACGAACCCCAAUUCGAAAGAUUUAAAGUUUCACACUUCUGUGGUGCCAUAUGAUGAUAUACAGAUAUAAAUAUUGUAAGCAGAUAAAAUAGGGUUUUGUAUAUUUGGGGUUUUAGAAUUAAGGGUAAAUGGAAGUAAAAGAAAGCUCGAACGUGGAAUUGCCGCAAGCAUUCAUCGAUUUUCUCAAGAAGAAUGGAUUGGAUCCCUCAAUUUAUACUGCGGCUGACUCCACUCCACGUUAUAUAAGGUUAAAACCUGGCUGUGAGGCUUAUAUUGAAGAUAUUGAAGCUGAGAUUAACUGCAAGCUUCAGAAAGUGGAGUGGUUACCGAGUUUCUACUCUCUUCCUCCUCAUGUUCAGAUUGCUAACUCAAAGGCGUACCAAGAAGGAAAGCUCUAUGGAAUUGAUGCAGCAUCUGGAGCUGCAGUUACAGCUUUGGACAUCACUCCUGGUGAUCACAUCCUUGACCUCUGUGCUGCUCCUGGUGCUAAACUAUGCAUGAUAUCAGAACUCCUGGGCAGUUCAGGCACUGUGACUGGUGUUGAUGUUGCAAGGCAUAGGCUGGCAGCUUGUCGAACUAUGUUGCAGAAAUAUGCACUUGGAGAUCGAUGUCGUCUAUUUGUUGCUGAUGGAACAACAUUUUCACUCUUACCUGUCCAGGCCCUGUCAAAUUCCAAAAUUUACAGUGAAUCAGCCUCAGAAGAAAAUUUAGAUACGUACAAAGAGUGGACAUCUAGGAGGCCUUGGAAAGAAAGGAAAAAGGCAAAUAAAGCACAGAAAAAUGGUAACUCGCAGCUAGUCUUACAGAGUCAAGAUCCCGAGCUUAUUUUUUAUGGGUUGCAUUCUGGAGUGGUUGGACUCAGUAAAAGCAAGUUAUAUGGCAGUGGGCUUUCACAUCAUGGAUAUGACAAAGUCCUAGUUGAUGCAGAAUGCACCCAUGAUGGAUCAAUAAAGCACAUUCAAAAAUUUGAAAACUGGGGCUGGACCACCCUUCAGCGACGUGUACUAAAUGCGGAGAGGAUUGACAAUUUAAAUGUUCUUCAGUUGCUGCUGCUAACGAAUGGUUUCAAAUUGUUAAAAGUUGGAGGGUAUCUCGUUUACAGCACCUGCAGUUUAACAGUUGCCCAAAAUGAAGAUGUGGUAGAGCAGUUUCUCUUACAAAAUUCCUCUGCUGAGUUGCUGGAUAUAGAGGCAGCUAAACAUUGGCCAUGUAAAAGUGGCAAAAUACAGAAGACAUUGCGGUUUGAUCCUUUGACAUCCCAAACUAGUGGCCUUUUCGUAGCUAAGUUCACAAAAUUGUGCACUUAAUUUGAGUUUUAGCCCUUCUCACUAUCGAUACCUUGAUAUAUACAACGGAAGAUGUGGAUUAAUGAUAGUGUCUGCCAUGCACCUUUUUGGUUUACGCCAGUCUGGUUUGUUUGGGCAGGCAUAGGAAUAGACCUCUCAGGCGGAAAUUUCAUAAAAUUUCCUAUAGUUUAAAGUAUGGGAAAUGUCAACCACAUAACAUGAUGUAUAUUCUUGUAUUGCAACAGUUAAAAAGAGAGAUACCUUUGAACAAACAUUUGAAAGGAUUGAUCUUUGGCCAA